UGGAGACGCAGCGACACAAAUAUCGUGCUGCAGGGAGGGUGGUGGUGGAGCUGUUAAAUUUAUUUAUUUAUUUUUUUUUGUUUUACUUAUUUGUUCACGUUUAUUCUACAGUUUAGUUGGAACCUUUUUAAAGGGUUUCCUCAUUUUUGUUUUCUUAAAAGUCGACGCGAUACCGUCAAAUAGUACUAAAUAAAAAAAGCCGAUGAGUGUCACCUCCUCUGUCCACUCGGGGAGCUCCCGUUCCCGGCGCUAUCGAACCCGAGCUUACACCUCCCAGGUUGAUGAGACUCUGUUUGCAACGCCAAAGAAGCUUUCUGCCUCUGACAACCAGGGUUCAAAGGCACAGGGCGGGAGUGCAUCACGAGGGCUAUCACACUCUGCUCCCAACCGGGGAACACGAAAACCAGAAACAGUCCGGAUCAUCACCAAGGACCUCAUCCGAGAUCUCAGAAUCCCGAGCGAGGACCCCUCUGGCUUGUCAGUUAUAAUGUGUCCUCAGGAGUUCCAGCGAAUCACUUCUGCCUCCCGUGUCCUGACCGCUGAGGAGAAAGAGGCGGAGCUUGCUGCUCAGACCAGGAAGAGAGAGGCAGCCAUAGAAGCAGCGGAGGACAGGAAGGCUCGACUGCGGCAGGCGGAUUUCUCUCGCAGGAGGAACGCUGGGCUGAGUGAGCUGGAGGCAGAAGCCAGGGACAAAGCACAGUACCUGUUGGAGAGAGCCAAUGCGCUGAGAAUGGAACAAGAGGACGAAAUCAAACACAUCAAUGAGCUCAUCCUGGGCUCGCAGUGCCACGCGAUACGAGACACUCAGAUCUUGGAGAAGAAACAGAUCCUGUCAGAGCUGCAAGAGGAGGAGAAGAGGCUAGAUGCUAUGAUGGAAGUAGAGCGAAGGAAAGCCAUCAAGAUGCAGGAAGAGAUUGAUGAGAUGAGGAAGCAGCAGAGAAUCGAAGGGAAGGUGCAGAUCAUACAGCAGAUGGCAGAGAGGCAGGAGGAGCGACUGCUGAACGAGGAGUUUAAGGAGCAAGAAGGGCAGCAUGUCCUGGAUAAACUUGAACAGCUCCAGGUGGAGGAGAUGGAGAACCUGCAGAGGAAGUGGGAGGAGCAGCGUCGGAUGCAGCGAGAGAUCCAGCUGAUCAAUGAGGCCAACCUGCGAGCAAAGGAACGCAAGAAAGAAGAGGAGAGGCUGGCCGACCUGCACGCCUUGGAGUAUACCCGCAAGAAGCUGGAGCGAGAGGCAGAGUAUGAAGCAGAGCAGGAGCGAAUCAAGAAGGAGAAGGAGCAGGAUGUGGCUCGCUUGCGCGCCCUGCAGGAGAGAGAUAGAGACCACCGCGCGGAGCAGGACGCGCUGCGCGCUCGCAGGAACCAGGAGGCGGCUGAGCGAGAGUGGCGUCGGAAGGAGAAACAGGAUGCGCUGAACAAAGCCAAGGAGUACGAGGAGCUGACGAGAGACAGGCUGCAGCAGGUGGCUCACAAGGAACACCUGCUGUCCGUGGAGGCUGGCAGGGAGCGGUCCGAGUUCAACAGAGUGCUGAGGGCCCUGGAGACGUCAAUCGCUCAUGACAAGGAGAAGGAGGAGAAGAGCCAGCGGGAGAAGUUUCACAACGCGGACGGGGUGCGGAAGCAGAUCCGAGAGAGAGAGGCACAGGCCAUUGAAAACCGCAGAGAGAACUUCCGCGAGGGAGAGCGGCUGAACCAGGAGGCGAGAGACAGGAGAGCGCACCUGGAUGAGAUCAAAUUCAAGAAACUCAGAGAGCUCCGAGAGGCAGGUCUACCAGAGAAGUACUGCAAAGAGGUUGAAAGAAAGAUCCACGUUUUACCCACCCUGGCUAACUGAGAGAGCAGGACGACCUAACAGUGACAGACCGACAGACUAAAACACAAAACAACUUACAGACGCUGUGUGAUGCUUAUCAAGGGGGGAAAUAAUAAUAAUAAUACAAAAUUACCUGCUCAGAUAAUGAUGGUAACUCUGUUCCAUCUGAGCCCCAUCUCCCCCAGUUCUCUUGUAGUGUUUCUUAAAAAAAAAAGGUACACAUAGUGUCAUUUACACUUUUAGACAGAUUGAUACACAGGCUGACUGCUAGUUUUGCUAUUGCAUUUAUUACACAUUUUACCUUUAGUCUCUGAUGUCAAACAAAAAUAAAAUAUAAUUACCUUCA